CAGUCAAGGCAUAAGCGCAUAGCUUAGUGGAUUCUCGUACUCAAUACUGGUAAUCUCUUAUGGGACACCCUCAACCUUUUACCCCUUGAAUAUAUGCAAUAAUGUAAAAAUGUAAUAAACAAGAAAGCAAUAAAGAUCGAUUUGGAGAGAGUAAAAAGUGUCAUUAGUGACUUGCGUUGUUCGAGCCUGAAUGUCUGUCUUAGAUGGGCUGAAACAAAUAAAAAGACGAUUCAGGCGUGCGCUGGUGCUUACUCAAUAAAUAAGAACUCAGCGCGUCGCACAGAGCUGCGAACUUGAACAAAAGUAUGCAAAAAGUAUUUUGUAUUUAACGCUUAAUCGCUUUUAUUUUGAACGAACAAAGCUACGCUCUGCUACAACUAAUCGAAUCACCGCAACUAGUUUGCUAACAGUACUGAAUUAUUAUCGCUGCUGCCAUCUAUCCACUAUCCACUAUCUGUUUGCGGUCGACCAUCGACCGUCGACCUUCGCUAAUUUGCAAUUCUAAUAUAUUAAUAAUACUCGCAUAUGUAUAUCAGUUUAUAGUGUAUGUGUGUAUGUAUGUGUUGGUCUCCAGCGCAUUUGUUGGUUGACUUCUUUUUGUUUGUUUUCAUUAAGCAAAAUUUAAAGUUGCAUUCGAGUUUGUGUUUAUUACUGUGCGGUUUGCUAUAAACAGCAACUUGAGGUGUAGUGAAUCGUAAGGAUAAAAUUACGCUUAUUUAUUAUUGAAUGUGAACAAAGUGACGAAAAAACGUUUCAACUAUGGCAAAGUGUGAUGUGACCGAUAUGAAGCAGGAAGACUGGAAGGUCUCGAAUAUAUUGCGGAAAUAUCCAACUUAUCGCGAUUUACUAGUCAAAACAUGUGAAGGCUGGAUUGCCGCCAAACAACAAGAGGAUGAAGCUGAAGGCCUCUGGCGCAUUAAGGAUGAGCUCUAUGAUCUAACGGAUUUUAUACCUCGUCAUCCGGGCGGAACUUUCUGGAUAAAAUGGACAAAGGGCACUGACAUUACCGAAGCAUUCGAAUCGCAUCACAUUUCAACGAAACCAGAAGAGAUGUUGCACAAAUUUCAUGUACGCGCUGCAGCCAAGCCACGCAAUUACAAAUUCACGCUGCACGAAAACGGCUUCUACAGGGUGCUCAAGUCACGUGUGCGUGACAAAUUGAAAGAAGUGGAUUACAGUCCAGCUCGGCGCACAGAUCUCAUGCACUUCGGUCUCUUGCUUUCUACUUUCGCAUUCAGCUUCGCUUGCGCCUACACCGGCUACAUAAUAUUCGAACUCUUCGCCGCUCUAUCGCUUACAUGGCUCACCGUUGCUACGCAUAACUACUUGCAUCAAAAGGACAAUUGGCAGAUGUACACUUUUAAUUUUUCACUCAUGAACUUUUGCAAUUGGCGCGUUAUGCAUGUCAUGUCUCAUCAUGUUUACACGAACUCGUUGCACGAUCUCGAGAUGUCACUCUUUGAGCCGUAUCUUUGUUGGUGGCCAAAUUCUCGCAAACACACAAAAUGGAUUCGUCUUUUCUCUUUCACCAUACAACCAAUCGUUUACGCGCUCAUAUUCCCGUAUCAGAUUAUAAUGAGAAUUACGGUUUCUCUUCUACAAAAGAACAUUUUAUUUUGGCACGACAUCAUCGGCUUUACACUUCCGCUCUUCAUGCUACUUGUAGCACAAGUACCCAUACUAACAGUGCUUCGGCAAUGGGUGGUUAUCGUUGGUUUGGCGAGCUUUAUUUUUGGUAUUAUCGGAUUGAAUGCAGCUCAUCAUGAUCCGAAAAUUUUCCAUGACGGUGAUGCCACUCGUGAAGAUCGGGAUUGGGGACUCUAUCAAUUGGACACGGUUAUGGAUCGUAGCGACAUCAAAGGCUCGCAGUUUUUGGUAUUGACACAUUUCGGUGAACAUUUCUUGCAUCAUCUCUUCCCCACAUUGGAUCAUGGCAUUUUGCCACAACUAUAUCCGACACUUUACGAAACAAUGGACGAGUAUAAGGCACAAUUGCGUGAAUGUAGUCACUUGCAGCAUAUAAUUGGGCAGAGUAAACAGUUACUGCGUACAAAACCAAACCCGAUACCGCCGGGUGAGGUCAAUAAAACUAAACGAGGUUAAAAAAAAAAACAAAAAAUGAAUCUGCGAGAAUAGCUUUCUACGUAGCAUUCUAAGUGGAGUGUGUUUGAAAAUGAUUUUCUCAACAACUUUUGUUUCGCUUUUUGUAUCCUUUUACAAGAAAUCCUACGAAAUUAUACCUAACAGUUAUGUGGCUUUUAAGUCAGUUUAAAGAAGACUUUUAGAAAAAAAGGAAAAUUUAUAUUUACGUAACUACUUUCUAAUUGUAAUGACUAGGCCGUCAUGAAUUCCAUCAAAAAGAUUCUCAACAACUUCACUCACGUGAAAGCUCCAACACAACCCGAAAAACUCGUCAGAAAAAAGUUGGUGAUAUGUAACAACAAAAUGUGAAAAACUAGUUAGAAAAAAGUACUUAAGCUAUGACAGUUAUCAAAUAAAUACGAAAUAAUAAAUUCAGAAAAUUCCGUAGUGGUGAACAAAAAGUUUGAAUAAAAUGAGUUCAAAAAUUGAAAAA